AUGUCAUCUGCCGGCAAACGCUCGCUUCGUUUGCCUUCGUCUCCGAUUCAGGGGCAGGCGAAGCGACGUCGCGGUGCCGCUUCCAGCCCUCUGACUGCAAGUUUCAACUCUGCCAGUGGUGAGGCUUCUUCGCCUUCUUCGCAGUCGGGUAUAAACGUUCAAGCUUCUACAGCGUUUGAUAUAGCGGCGACAUAUCACAAUCUCCCACAAAUGUCUCUCCAAGCACCAGGUCCAGCUCCAACGUCGGUUGUAAGCAUGGCAUCUCAAACACCAUCUCGAACACAGACAAUCCGUUCACGAACAUCGCCAUCACUCCGCAUGGGAAGCUGCUCUCUCGACGAAAUGCUCCUCUCCAUCCCCCAAGGCCUCGCCUCUGCAGAACACACCCGCCGCAAAGACGCUCUUCAGCACGAAAUCACCUUUCAGGAACGCAAUCCGCCGAUUCUCCCGCCAUCUCAAGUCCAAGAUUUACCUCCGAAGCCGUUCAUAGCGGAUUUUCUAAAGUUCCCCGAUGGUAUCAGCGACCCGGAGCGUCUGCAGAUUGAAAUGCGUAAUAAUGAGAUUGCCGCUGAGCACCAAAAGAUUGAUCGCCAGCGGAACAACCAGGCGGCGAAGAAGUCUCGACAGGCUCGUCUUGAGGCGUUGAAUAAUACGAGGGUGCUGCUUAAUGAGAAGACGGCGGAGUGUGCUUGGUUUAGGAUGAAGGUGCUUGCGUUGGGGGGAAGCACGGCGGACUGGAACAUUGUGCCUGCGGGAGUCAAGACGAGGCUUGUUAAGGAGAUUGAUGGACGGGUGAAGGUUGUUGAGGGGGAGGUUGCGGAUGCGAAGAAGAGGGAGGAGGCGAAGAAGAGGGCGGAUAGGAAUAAGCGGAGGGCGGAGGCGAGGAAGGAAGAUGAGGGGGAGGAAGGGGAAGAGCAACAUCGAGAGUCUUCAGAAUAG